CUGGAAGAACUCGUUGUCUACCUCAGUCACUGGAACACACGCGCGCCGGAGCGAGGGAGCGCGUCUGCCGCCGGCGGGCUGCGCCGUGCGGCCGGCCCGAAUCCCAUCAGUAGCUGGAUAGGGCUUCCCACCAACCCGUGGCAAGUCCUCAACGGAGCAGGCCGCACCCGAUUCCGCCGUCGGAGGGGCUCGAUCUCGCCGGUGGACCGCCUCUUCCACAACAAGGUGCGCAGCCGCCAGUCCAAGCGCGCCUCCAGAUCCAGUUCAUGGCGCACGAACUACGAGGCUGGCCGACGACAGCGACUCCGGCCGAGAGGUGCAGAUAUUUCCAAGAGUUGUCAACCAGUCUUCAUCUGCAAGAGAGCGACAGCAGUAGGUGGAGUCCAUUGGCUCAGUCUUGCACCGCAUGGGGAGAAGAAACUUGAGCGCAAAAUUCGGUUUCUGCACAAGCUCUGUUUUCCUUCUCAGCAACAGGCUCUGCAAGGGACUGGUACACAGAGGAUGGACCUAGUAUGUUGUAAUCACUUUUGCACCAUCCUUCUCUGGCUUAAAUUUGCUGAAGGAAAUGGCACGCCUUAUCUGAUUGCGACUGGAGUAAUUAAGUAACUUAUGAUGCAUGACUUCCGGGACCAAUCCUUUUUUUCUGUUAGUUUAUUGCAGAACAGGCAGGUGCUUUACCUUUUCAGUAAGAAAAAAAAAUCAACUUGAACUAUUGGUAAUCUCUGUUUCUAUUAUGUACCGUUGACUGUUUUUGUCUACAAUGUUUUCUGUCCAUCUGAAUUCUAGUCUACUGAUUUGCCUGAAGAAUAAUUUAUGGUUGCAGCUGUACUGGGUUCGUAAAGAAAGAACUGUCAACAUUAUAUUUCUGACUGCUGUUGAAUUGAAGUAAGUUGUGUAUAUGGUAUUAUGGUAUGACAAUUGCUAUUGUGCUAUUGUGGAAUAUUGGGGUUUUAUUGAUACCGGUGCAAAGAAACACAGCUCUGGCAAGAAAUUUGUGUGAGAAGUAGAAGAAAAAAAACAGAGCAAUUUCAAUCACCUGUGCAAAAUAGCCAUUAGAACCUCAAAAUCUACUUGAUCUAUAUGAUUUCUAGAUACUCUUAUUUGUAUUUUCUGGAAAGAUUAUUGUUAUGCAAAGUCCCCAGUCCGUUUGCUCGUGUCUUCAGCAAGAAGAUUGUUGGUUGUCUUAGAUCUCGGUGGAUUGCAGUGGUUGCCAGUGGUGAAGAUAUUCUAUCUGCAGCAACCCACAUGCUCAAGGCAAGGCUCACUAUGUUGUUUCCAGACUAGCUUGGGUGAUAGGACUUAUUCUUGUGGUCCAUAACCGAUAGUGACCGCUAAAUUUCUCCACCAGUUUCAUUGCCCAUAUCAAGAUCCAGUCAUGCCUUCCCCAAACAGCGCAGCAAGCUCCAUUGCUAACAGGCAAUUCCCGUUUGUGCUCCGUUGACCACCAACAGGGCUCAGCCCAAGUCUCCGCAAGUAUGCAGUUCCGUGUUUCGAGCAUGCCGGGAGGCUAAGACAUAGCCAUGUGACUCUGCCAUAUCUUCCAAAGCUAUUUAUAAAGAAAGGGAACACUUUAGGGUAGGUUCCACUGCAUAUAUAUCACGCUAGCUUUAUUUGGUCAUUUCUUCCCCAACCAGCGCACUCCAUUGCUAAGAGGGUUUGUUUCAUCACAUCAUUGGAGCUCUGCAUACGCAGUUCCCAGUUUGUGCCCCGUUGACCACCUACAGGGCUCAGCCCAAUUCUCCUCUAGGAUGGACGACUCGGACAUGGAACAUGACCUACUGGAGCAUAUACUUGACGGAAGCAUGAAACCAAGGGAUCUACCGUUGUCACUUCUGAAGAACAUUACAGGCAAUUUCUCCGAAAAGAGGAAAAUUGGUGAGGGUGGAGUCGGAAUAGUCUACAGGGGUGCCCUCCCAAAUGCGGAAGUUGCUGUGAAGAGGAUUAUUAAGAACGUCCAGACAAAUGAUGAGAACCUAUUUCGUCAGGAAGUUGACAGCAUGAUGGAGGUCAACCAUCAAAAUAUAGUUCGGUUUAUUGGCUUUUGUUCUAAUACAGAGCAUAAAAGGAUCCAACAUGGAGUACCAGGAGGAUACAUUUACGCUGAGGCUAGAGAGCGAAUACUGUGUUUCGAGUACAUCAGCAAUGGCAGCUUAGAUAAAUAUAUAACAGAUGAAUUAAGAGGACUUGAGUGGGAUACACGCUAUAAUAUAAUCAAAGGAAUAUGUGACGGUUUGGAAUAUCUUCACAUGAAAAAGCAUAUCAUUCAUAUGGACUUGAAACCGGCUAAUGUUCUAUUGGAUAAUCAUAUGGUGGCCAAAAUUACUGACUUUGGUCUAGCAAGAAUGGAUGGGAAUUCACACACUACAAACCAGGUUUUCACACUGGGAUAUUGUGCUCCAGAAUACCUACUUGGUGGGAGGAUGUCAGUCAAAUCUGAUGUGUAUAGUUUAGGGGUCAUAAUCAUCGAACUCGUGAUGGGACGUAGGGGCACUCCAGACAUCAAUAAUGUACUUAGAAGAUGGAGGCACAGAUGGGGUAAAUCAGCGAAUGGAACACCAUUCAGAUACCAACAAAUAGCUAAAUUGGUUGAGAUAGGAUUACGCUGCCAGGAAGAUGACCCCUAUAAGAGGCCUUUUAUAUCAGAGAUAAUCCGUGAUAUUAAAGAACUGGAAAGCACGGAUAGGGAAAUCAGUAACACGAACGAAUCUAGAGCAGGGAAGAUAAGCCCAUACUGGGAGGAUGACAUGCUUGGGGUGAAGCCACUCGAGCUACGUUUUCCAUUUGUGCUUAACAAGGAGAUAUCAUGCACACUUGAGGUAACCAACGGGACAAAUUCUUAUAUUGCCUUCAACAUAGAAACGAUGAGCCCCCUGCCAUACUGCAUAAAGGCAAACAAAGUCAUUGUGCCACCACAAUCCAAGUGUAGUGUCAACAUAACAUUGCAACCACUAGACAAGGUACCAGAAGGUAAGCAGUACUCUGACAAUUUCAUCAUCCGAAGCACCAAAGUCAGCGAGUGUCUUACAUCUGAGGAUAUAACUGAAGAUAUGUUCAAUUUGGAGGAGGGUAAAGUGGUUGAUGAGGUGACUCUCACGGUUGUACAUGAUGAGCCUUUCGAGCCCCAUGUGGAUCUUCUGCUCGAGUCGCUAACAAUUUCAGGUACAAAAAAUCUGAACAGUACAGAGAAAUCCAAUGUGCCAUCAGCAGAGACUGAAUCGACGAUAAGUUCAUCUUUCUCAAACGGCCUGAUCCGGUUUGAUCCCCCAGAACUCUGCUUCCCCUUGUUGUCAAACAAGACAGUGCUCUCCUCAGUUAAGAUAGUUAACAUUACAGAUUGCUAUGUCGGUUUCAAUACAUAUUUCCUGGAAAGAAACGUGGCGUUGUACACCACAUCUUAUGGAAUCGUGCCACCACGGUCCACUCAAGUACUUACCGUAAGAGGGAACUUAAGGGAGGAUGCACUAAUAGACAUGCAGUUCAAUGACAAGUAUUUUGUGUGGAAUGGUAUUAUGGCCGAAGAUGUGAGACAUGAUAUCGACCUUAGUGAUCACAUGGAUAGUGAAGAGAGCGAGGAGUUGUCAAUCGUUCUUACGGAGAUGACCCCAUGUACCUCAAAUGAUCUGAUCCAGUUUGAUCCACCUGAGCUCAGAAUCCCCUGCUGGCCAAACAAGGCUUCAAUGGCAUGGCUUAACAUAGAAAAUAUUACAGAUUACUAUGUUGGUUUCAUUGCAUCUUUGUUGACUCUAGAAACUACAUCUUCGUUGACAAGAAAUGUGGUCCCAAGAUCGGGUCGAGGAAUUCUACCACCACGGUCCACUCAAAGAAUCCUUAUAAAAAGGGUAGCAAAGAAAAAAGAAACAGAAAUAGAAGAUAUGAAGUGGGAGAACAAGUUCUUUGUGUGGAACAUGAUUGUGGCUGAAGGUGUCGCAGCUGACAACCUCAUUCCUUUCAUCACUGAAGAAGUGCCUAAGGAGUUGCCCAUAAAUCUUCAGAAGAUAAGCCCAUGUGCUUCAGACGAGCUGAUCCGAUUUGAUCCUCCUGAACUCUACUUCCCAUUCUUGCCCAACAAGACAUCGCUGUCCUCGGUUAAUAUGGUCAACAUGACAGAUUACUCCAUCUAUUUUAAGAACUAUGUCUGGAAAAAAAAUAAGGCGUGGUACGACACAGAACCAAGAAAUGGAAUUGUGCCACCACGGUCUACUCAAAGACUUGUGGUGAAAAGAGAAACAAUGGAGAAUGAACUAGAAGAUAGCGAGAGCAAAGACAAGUGCUUCCUGCACAAUUUCAUUCUUACUCAAGAUGUCAAAGCCAGUGAUCUCCUUUUGUUGAAUGAAGAAGGUACGGAGUUGCCCAUUGACAACCUCUGUGAUUGCGUUGUGGAGAAUAAAGAUGGUACAGAGUUUCCCGUCUACCACAGCCGUACUUGUCAUGUUGCCAACGAAGAGAUUACAGAGUUGCCCAUUGUUCUUGCCAAGAUAAAUCCAUCUACCUCAAAUGAGCUGAUACAGAUUGUACCCCCCGAGUUAUGCUUCCCCUUCUCGCCAAAAAAGAAUCUGUUGUCUUUAAUAAAGAUUGUCAACAUUACAGAUUACUACAUCGGUUUCAAUACAUUUGGAAAGGAAAAUAAUGCGGCAUUGUACAAUACUGAGCCACCGUGUGGAAUCCUGUCCCCACAGUCCACACAAGAACUUGUGGUAACAAGGAUACAAAAGGGAGAUGCACUCGAAGAAACGCAGUGCAAAGACAAGUACAUUGUGUGGAGCAGCUUUGUGAAUGAAGGUGUUAACACUGUCGACCUGAAAGGAUGCACAUCUGAGAAGGAGAGUAAAGAGUUACCAAUAGUUUUCAUGGAGACAAACUCAAAUGAGUUGAUUCAGUUUGAUCCUCCUGAGCUCUUUCUCCCCUUGGUUCCAAACAAGAGUGUGUUGUCCUCAGUGAACAUAGUCAACCGUACAGAUCACUUCAUCGGUUUCAGUAUAUGCACCAAGAAAAGCAAUUCAGCAAAGUAUUUCACAAAUCCGUCAGAAGGAAUUCUGCCACCACGGUCCACACAAUUACUUAUGGUAACAAGCAUAACAGAGGAAAAGGAACUGACAGACAUGCAUUGCAAAGACAAAUAUAUGGUCUGGAAUGGCAUUGUGAGUGAAGAUGUCAGUGAUGUCAUUGAUAGCAUAAAAAAAAAAGGGCAACCUGGUGCAUGUAGCUCCCGCUUGCGCAGGGUCCAGGGAAGGGUCCGACCACUUUGGGUCUAUAGUACGCAGCCUUUCCCUACAUUUCUGUAAGAGGCUGUUUC